UGGCACUCUCCCACACAGACUGCAUUUUACCAUUAAAAUAAUUUAUAAUUCCAAACCACUACAAUUGGAAAUAAUUGAGCCAGAGUUUUGAUCCAGGUAACAUCCAGGUGAACAUAAGCUUCCUACUGUGUGUGUUAAUGUGGCUGGUUUAGGGUCAUGGCCUCAACAAGUGUGACUAGCCACCUGCCUCCAGUCAAGAGUGUGGUUGUUUACAGGAAUGGAGAUCCUUUCUAUUCAGGAAGAAGAUUUGUUGUAAAUCAAAAGCAAAUUUCCACCAUGGAUGCGUUGCUUAAUGACAUCACUCUCAAUAUUGGAGCACCUUUGGCUGUUAGAACGCUCUACACGCCACGCUGCGGUCACAGGAUCUCUGGUCUCACUGACAUUCAACAGGGUGCACAGUAUGUGGCAGCAGGGUUUGAGCGAUUUAAGAAACUGGAUUAUCUGAAUGCAGGAGUGAAGAAAUCUCCAACGUGCAGAGCUGCAGAACAGACUAAAACAUUUAGGCUUAAUGUUUCUGCAAAAUGGAGGAAGGUCAUCAUUCUUCCCUGCAUCAUACAUGUUUUUAGGAACGGAGAUAUCCUCAGUCCUGCCAUGCGUCUCAUCAUUUCCCGCCACUUGCAAAAGAAUCUAGAGCAAAUACUGAGGCUUAUUUCUGAAAAAGCAAUGCUUCGCACAGGAGCUGUGCGCAGACUUUGUACUGUGGAGGGAAUCACAGUGACCUCCACAGAAGAGCUGGAGAGUGGGCAGUGCUACGUUGCCGUGGGAACAGAGAAGUUCAAGAAACUUCCCUAUGUGGAGAUUCUACUGAACAAAGCAAUGGGCAGCAGUGCAGAUAGAUAUUAUGCAGGAGACAGAGGGCAAAAGAGAAACAUGGAGGGUAGGAAGAUGUUUCCUCAGGACAGCCACAGUGACUCCACCCUCUUGGAGUCACCUGAGAGAGAGAGUAGGCGUGUCAGGUCCACAGGAGAUGAGGCAGAAAGAAAAAGCCCCCCUCACCCUGUUAAAAGGAAAGGACGGAAAGGGGAUAAAGACGAGAACUCUGUUUUCUACGCCAGACCUGUGAGAGUCCGCAGACACCCUCCAACAUCAAGAAACCCACCAAGAGCUCCAACAGAUGAGCCCAGUGUGUUUAAAGCCUCUGAUAACAGUAUGAGGGAGGAGGUUCGAGGUGCUGAGGAGGUUCCAGAAGAUGAAAACACAGCUGUAGAGUUGCCGGUUGACCAGAGAGCACCAGAAACUGUGAAGGAUGAGGAGCUUUAUGAAAGAGAUCCAUUUCAAACAGCCGAUAUAAAUCAUAUGCAUUCUCCUGAAGGACAUCCAUCAUCACCUCAUCUCAAUGUGAACGGAGAGAAAGAGCUCAGUGUGUCUGAAAGAGAGACCCAGCUAGGAUAUACAUCCAGAAAACAUGAAAGGUCAACUAGACGAGAUUCAAGAUCUUCAAGAUCAUCAAGAUCAUCAUCACUCUCUGACCAACAAAAUGAAAAAACACAGCAAGAACUUGCUGGUAGAUUCCAUGAGGAACAGCUGGACGGGUAUGCUCAACACCCUCUGCAGACCGAAGAUGAUGCAACGGAGUGA